AAAAAAGUAGUAUGAAGAUUAAUAAAAAUGUGACAUAAUUGUGGUGGAUUUAUCCGAAAAGAAAAAGAAAAAAUGAUGAUUGGGAGAAUGUCUUGAAAACCAUAAUCAAGGGGCUUCAUCACAAGCGUUCCUUUCUUUCCCAGUCCUCUCAUGCAUCCCCAUUCCCAGAAUCUCCAUUGAUAUCCUUCAAAAAUCCCCAUUAUCACUAUAUUCGCACGUAUACAUAUACGAUGGAAGCCCCACCUACGCCGGCGGUGCUACCGCAACACUUCAGAAUCAGUCAGCAUCACAACCCCCGCCCUUACGGCGGAGGCAAGGAUGGCGGUCCUGUUGAAUUGGCGAAGGAACCAUCGCAUUCCGACGACAAUAACGUCAAAGAAGACAGGUGCGGGGCGGAGCUUCGGGCGCAACUGGAUUGUAACCUAACCUCACUGUGUGACCACAUCCAAUUGGAGGGAUUCAAUAAUGGCUCAUUCUCCGAUGUCGUCGUACACGCCAUGGGAUCAGUUUACCACCUCCAUCGCCUUAUCCUCUCCCGAAGAUCUUACUUCCGAAACAUGCUCCAGGGCCCUUGGAAAGAGGUCAAUGCUCCUGUUCUGACCUUGCAUGUGGAUGAUAACAAUGUAGAUGGGGAUGCAAUGGCAAUAGCUUUGGCAUAUCUCUAUGGACACCACCCUAAGCUUGAUGAGAGUAAUGCAUUUCGAGUUCUAGCUGUUGCAUCUUUUCUUGAUCUUCAGGUAUCCAGUGCUAACCCAAUUUUGCACUUCACUCCGGUGAAAUGGAUGGAUUCUUCACCUCUUCUCUCUAUUCUGGCUUAUAAGAAACUCGUCUGUAACCAAAGUAUUCAUAUUCCUGUAUUUGCUGAGAACCAAGAUUAUGGUAUACAUGGAGAGAGAGUUAGAAAUGCUUGCUGGGGAUACCUCUGUCAAAGUGGUGCCAGGGAAUUGAAAGAGGUGCUUCCAAGACUUUCUCCUCAAACAUUGCACGCUUUGCUCACCUCAGAUGAAUUAUGGGUGCCUAGUGAAGAGAAACGGUUUGAGCUGGCAUUAUACAUUCUUCUUACAAAAGGUACUCUCUGCAAGGCAGAACACCAUGAGCAAGGAAGUUCAAAUUCUGAUGCUGUAACAGGCAUUCAUUCCGAUGCUUAUAUAGAGAACGGAAAACAUUUAGUUGAUGGGAGCGCUAGAGACAUGCUAGAAUCUGAAGGGUUCGGAAAACUAAAAGAUGAAGUUGAAGGUCACUAUACUGCUCGUAAUAUCUUGGUUGAGCUUGUGGACUGUGUUGUGGAUUUCCAUUCUGAUUCUGCCAACUGUAAGCAACAGGUGCAAAAGUCGGUAUGCAGUCAAUCAAACUUGGAGUCAAGAUACCAAAUCAGCUCUGAACGACCUUCAGCAAGUAACAAAGCAUACUCAGAUGAAGUUCGCACAUCAUAUUCUUAUCUAAAUAUGCCAAUUGGAGUUGGAAUGAGUGGAUCAAUGGGCAAUGGUGUAACCAUGGAAGGGCCGUCUGAUGAAGAUUCAAGCUACCAACUGAACAACCGUUUGCCUCUAGGAGAUCAAAUGUGCUGCAUGUCUAUUAACUCUUCCUGUAAUAUGCUGAUACCCAAUGAAUGGGGAAGAUGCAACAUGCAGCCUCUGUCAUGGGGUGGUAGGAUUGUGGGCAGAAGAGAGGUGAAAACUUGCCUAAAACGUCAAUGUGGGGUGAGCAGGGAAGAUUAUGAUGCUUUUGUCAACAUUUUUGAAGGAGGCUCUCUUUUGUAUUGUAACAUGUCCUUUGAGGCGCUCUUGAAUAUGAGAAAGCGACUUGAAGAAAUAGGUUUCCCUUGCAAAGCUGUGAAUGAUGGUUUGUGGUUGCAGAUGCUCUUAAGCCAGCGGGUGCAAGAAAUUGGUACAGAUACGUGCAAGAAUUGUUGGCUUGGGAGUAUGGCAUGCAUGUGCAAGCAGCCAUUUGAGUAUUCACGUGGAGUUACAGCAAGUGGAUACUACACACAACAGCAUGACCACAAUAAUUUAUCCAAUGAUAUAGGGCAUGUAUAUGUAACUAAUUCUGCCCAAGGAGAGAGAAAUGGCCAUUUUAGGCCUGUACGGGUACAUGGCAGGGGGCCUAAUGAUGGGCUAGCUGGUAUUGGACGUGGAACUACAUUUGUGCCUGCAGCUGCUUGGCCUCCAACGCGUUAUGUCUUUUCUCGUGUACCAUUUGGUAUGGGCAACCUGCACAGUCAGCAAGCUUUUGGUAAUGAUGAUCCAGAGAAUAGAGGUGACAACAAUGGGGACUAUGCCGGUGAUGGAUUGACAGCUUUGGUUGGGCUCAGUCAGGGAGCAAAUAAUGUAUCUAGCAUUCUGGGGGAGCAUAUGGAACAAGAUUACGAGACUGAUCAGCGAAGAAAACUGGCAGGAUCCUCGGUUAGUGGGCCUAGUACCAGUCGUAUUCCUGUGCAAAUGAUGGACUCAUCUGAGCAUGCCAUUGGGAUUGAGUGGGAGAAUGCUAACAGUUCAAUAUCAUUAGAUCUGAAGACACCCUUGUGUCACUUCCCUCCUUUCCGAUUUUCGGUUGAGUUUCAGGAUGUGCACAGGCUCAGUGAUGGACAAGUUAAGCACUCUUCCGAAGUAUUCUAUGCUGGUUCCUUGUGGAAGGUUAGUGUUCAAGCUUUUAGUGAUGAAGAUCCUCAGGGACGCUGUACGCUUGGUCUGUUUCUCCACCGAAGGAAGGCAGAGAUCAGUGAUCCACUAAGAAAGGUCCAUAUGUAUGUGGAUACUCGCGAGAAGGUUACAGCUAGAUAUCAGUUGAUUUGUCGGUCGAAAAGAGAAGUGAUGGUGUUUGGGAGCUUUAAACAAACAGGAACGCUUCUUCCAAAAGCGCCCAAGGGAUGGGGUUGGCGAACAGCUUUGUUAUUCGACGAGCUUGGUGAUCUCCUCCAAAAUGGGGCCUUGCGAAUAGCUGCUGUUGUGCAACUUAUUUGAUGCUGCUUGAGGUAAAUGAAAUAUGGCAUUUAAUAA